AUGGACUUCUCAAUAUGCCAAGACUGCUUGGGAGAUGAAACACGAUUGACCAGAGCCCACAACGGCGCAGAAUGCAAAAUUUGUACCCUUCCCUUCACUGUGUACCAGUUUAAAGCAAAUUCCAAAAUCACCAGAACGCUCAUAUGCCAUAAUUGUUCCAAACAACGGAAUAUCUGUCAAUGUUGCAUGUUAGAUUUACAAUGGCAUAUCCCUAUAGAGCUACGGGACCGCAUUUUAUCCUCAGUACAGGGCUCUCAGGUAGCCACACCUGAAGCUCAAAAUGAGAUGAUGAAAAGAUUCAUAGCAUUGAAGAACGGUGAUAAGUACAAAGUCGGUGGAGCGGCUGUGACGAGCGAUGCAGCAGCAAAUGCAGAUGCAAUUGAAAAAAUACGAAAAGCUGUUGAUCACGCCCAGGAAUCAGCCGGGAGACCAAAAUCAACGAAAACAUCUAGGUUGGAUUCAGUGUCGGAUAGGGAUCUCGACAUAUCGCAUCUGAUCAAGAAACUACCCCUCAAAGGCUCCCUGGAGCCAGCCACAUCUUUUUUCAUAUACAAUUUAGACCCCUCGAUUCCAGAAUGGGCAAUAGUCGAUGUCAUUUCAGAGCUUGUUGGAACUACAUUUUGGCAAGAUCCCAACUCGACGUCCAUAGCCAUCAAUCAUAUGGCGCGAUGUGGAGGGCUAAGGUUCAAAUCCAUGGAGCUUGCAGAGAAGUUCAGACUGGCUCUUCAAUCUUUUCAAACGCCAGCACCAAAGAUGACCAAGGGAAAACUCCAGGUUCAGAACUCCAAGUUACAUGUUGUGGCCUGGCCACAAUUUCACCGUGCUGCACUGGGCACCGACAAUGCAGAAUGUUUGAAACUAGCUCAAUACCUCGAUAAGCACGUCCAGAAGGAUUUAUCUUCUUCAGAAGUUUCCAAAUCAAUUCCAAAAGCACCGAAAGUGAGUAAAUCUAGUAAGACAAGUGUGUCGAAAAAGGCCAAAAAAUCAAGGCGCAUAGUCGAUAUCGAGCUAUGA